AUGGCGGCGGCGGCCUCUCUCUGUCCAAAUCCUCCUUUCUCCGCCCCUUCCUCCUCUUCCCCUGCCACCAAAACACCUCCUUUUCCCACCAGACACCCAUUUUUCUUCCGCUCCAGACCUUCAUCUACCUAUACCCACAAGAUUAAUCUCCUCAAGUCGGCAAAUAAUAGGAUUAGUAGUAAUAAAGCUGUCGUCUUUCGCUGUUCCUUCAACUCCAGUAAUGGCGGCGUCGGUGUCACUCGACCCGAAUACGUUCCCAACCGGAUUUCCGAUCCCAGUUACGUCCGGGUCUUCGACACCACCCUCCGUGACGGGGAACAGUCUCCGGGAGCCACCAUGACCACCAAGCAGAAGCUCGACAUUGCUAGACAGCUGUCCAGGCUUGGCGUUGACAUUAUUGAAGCUGGUUUCCCGGCUUCUUCCGAAGCUGACCUCGAAGCCGUCCAAUUAAUCGCCAAAGAAAUCGGGAAUAGUGACGAUACGGAGGUUCAUGUGCCGGUGAUAUGUGGGCUGGCGAGGUGCAAUAAGAGGGAUAUUGACAAGUCCUGGGAGGCGGUGCGGUUUGCCCGGAAGCCCAGGAUACAUACCUUUAUAGCAACCAGUGAGAUUCAUAUGAAGCACAAGCUGAAGAUGAGUAAAGCUGAGGUUGUUGAAAAGGCCCGGAGUAUGGUGGCUUAUGCCCGCAGUUUGGGCUGUCCUGAUGUUGAGUUCAGCCCUGAGGAUGCCGGAAGGUCUGAGAGAGAGUUUCUUUAUGAGAUACUGGGAGAGGUCAUCAGAGCCGGGGCAACAACACUUAAUAUUCCUGACACCGUCGGCUACCUUCUGCCCCAUGAAUUUGGUCAACUAAUUGCAGACAUAAAAGCCAACACUCCUGGUAUUGAGAAUGUGAUCAUCUCAACGCACUGCCAGAAUGAUCUGGGGCUCUCCACCGCCAACACUCUGGCUGGGGCAUUUGCUGGUGCAAGACAAGUAGAAGUUACUAUCAAUGGGAUCGGUGAAAGAGCUGGUAAUGCGUCACUGGAAGAGGUUGUCAUGGCAUUAAAGUGUCGGGGAGGACAGGUUAUGGGUGGCCUUUAUACAGGGAUCAAUACACAGCACAUAUUUACAGCGAGCAAGAUGGUGGAGGAAUACAGUGGACUGCAUGUUCAACCUCACAAGGCUAUUGUUGGAGCUAAUGCUUUUGCGCAUGAAAGUGGCAUCCAUCAGGAUGGAAUGCUUAAACACAAAGAAACAUAUGAGAUCAUCGCUCCUGAAGAUAUUGGUCUUCACCGUGCCAAUGAAUCUGGAAUUGUGCUCGGUAAACUGAGUGGACGCCAUGCUCUAAAAGCCAAACUUUUGGAGCUUGGAUACGACAUUGAUGGCAAAGAACUUGAGGAUCUUUUUUGGCGCUUCAAAUCUGUCGCGGAGAAGAAAAAGAGCAUCACUGAUGAUGAUCUCAUAGCUCUAGUGUCUGAUGAGGUUUUUCAGCCUGAAGUUCGUUGGAAACUCGGAGACGUACAGGUUACUUGUGGUACUCUUGGUCUUUCUACUGCAACGGUCAAACUAAUAGAUGCAGAUGGUCAAGAGCAUGUGGAAUGCUCUGUCGGAACAGGACCAGUUGAUGCUGCUUACAAGGCAGUUGACCUUAUCGUCAAGGUCCCUGUAUCGCUGCUUGAGUAUUCAAUGAGCGCUGUCACUGAAGGCAUUGAUGCUAUAGCCACAACUCGGGUCUUGAUUCGAGGUGAUAACAGUGAAGCAACAUCCACUCAUGCAAUGACUGGGGAAGUUAUUUCUCGAACUUUCAGUGGAACUGGUGCGGCAAUGGAUAUUGUUGUAUCUAGUGUUCGAGCCUAUUUGGGUGCCUUAAACAAGAAACUAAGUUUUGGAAAGUUGGAAGAUCGAAGUCCUAGUUUGCUGGAGGCAAAUGCAUCACGGGUCAAGAGUGUUGUCUAA